CCUUCGCUUCCGUCCUGAGUUCGUUGAUUCGCUUCCUCUUGGCUUCCCUUCUGGGGAUGGUGGCUGUCGUCGCUUAGCCCGCGAAGGAUCGCGGCGUCAGGCCGAGAAGGCGGCUGCUCAUUUGUCCGGGCAGGGCCGCCAUGGGCCGGGAGUCCAGAUCAACAAAGCAACAGUUGUCCAAACAAAAACAGCAUUAUCGGAAGCGCUCCUCCUCACGAGGGCGCUCUGGUAGUCGUUCUAGGAGUCGUUCUCCAUCUGACAAAAGAGCAAAGCGUGGAGAUGAUAGACGUUCUAGAAGUAGGGAGAGAGAUCGCAGACGUGAGAGAUCACGGAGCCGGGACAAGAGGAGAUCUCGGUCACGUGACAGGAAACGUGUGAGGCGUUCAAGAAGCAGAGAGAGGGAACGGAGUAGAGAGAGGAGACGAUCACGGAGUAGAGAGAGGAGACGAUCCAGAAGUCGCAGCAGACGAUCCCGAUCUUCCAGCCCUGGCAAGAAUAAGAAAGUAGAAAAUAGAUCACGAUCUAAAGAAAAGGUAGAAGGGGUAGAAGUUACCAAGGAGAAGAAAAAAGAGAAAGAAGACAAAGAAGAAGAAAAGGAUAAAGAUGUUAGCAAUUUUGAUCAGAAUAAACUGGAAGAAGAAAUGAGAAAACGAAAAGAGAGAGUGGAGAAAUGGAGAGAAGAACAACGCAAGAAAGCAAUGGAAAAUAUUGGAGAAUUGAAAAAAGAAAUUGAAGAAAUGAAGCAAGGAAAGAAAUGGAGCUUAGAAGAUGAUGAUGAUGAUGAUGAGGAAACUGCAGAAGGGGAGAAGGAAGGUAAUGAGAUUGAAGAUGAAGAAUUGGAUCCAUUAGAUGCAUACAUGGAAGAAGUUAAAGAGGAGGUCAAGAAAUUUAACAUGAGAAGUGUCAAAGGUGGUGGAAGUGAAAAGAAAACUGGGCCCACAGUUACUAAAGUCGUUACUGUGGUUAAAACCAAAAAAGCAUCUCCAGAGACAGAAAAGAAAAAAGGAGAGCUCAUGGUGAAUGAUCAAGAUGCCAUGGAGUAUUCCUCUGAAGAGGAGGAAGUUGACCUUCAGACUGCAUUAACAGGCUAUCAGACCAAACAUAGGAAACUGCUGGAACCUGUUGAUCAUGGAAAGAUUGAAUAUGAGCCCUACCGGAAAAACUUCUAUGUUGAAGUUCCAGAACUAGCGAAAAUGACUCAAGAAGAGGUGAAUGCAUAUAGGCUGGAAAUGGAAGGAAUUACUGUCAAGGGUAAAGGAUGUCCUAAGCCAAUCAAAACUUGGGUGCAGUGUGGCAUUUCUAUGAAAAUACUGAAUGCCCUGAAAAAGCAUGGCUAUGAAAAGCCUACCCCCAUCCAGGCUCAAGCUAUUCCUGCAGUUAUGAAUGGACGUGAUUUAAUCGGCAUUGCUAAAACAGGGAGCGGGAAGACUAUUGCUUUUUUGUUGCCCAUGUAUAGGCACAUUAUGGAUCAGAGGCCAUUAGAAGAAGGAGAAGGUCCAAUAGCUGUCAUCAUGACUCCUACUCGAGAGCUGGCUUUACAGAUUACAAAGGAAUGUAAGAAGUUCUCAAAGACACUUGGGCUUCGAGUUGUAUGUGUGUAUGGAGGAACAGGAAUAAGUGAACAGAUCGCUGAACUGAAAAGAGGUGCUGAAAUAAUUGUUUGCACACCUGGCCGUAUGAUUGACAUGUUGGCUGCUAAUAAUGGUCGGGUGACAAAUCUUCGGAGAGUGACAUAUGUUGUCCUUGACGAAGCUGACAGAAUGUUUGACAUGGGCUUUGAGCCUCAGGUAAUGCGCAUAGUAGACAAUGUAAGACCUGAUCGCCAGACUGUUAUGUUCUCUGCUACCUUCCCUAGAGCCAUGGAGGCUUUAGCUCGUCGAAUAUUAAACAAGCCAGUUGAGGUCCAGGUUGGUGGCAGGAGUGUUGUCUGUUCUGAUGUAGAACAGAAAGUGAUUGUCAUUGAGGAAGAGAACAAGUUCUUGAAGCUUCUUGAACUUCUGGGACAUUAUCAGGAAAAGGGAGCUGUUAUCAUAUUUGUAGAUAAACAAGAACAUGCCGACGGAUUGCUGAAAGACUUAAUGAGAGCUUCUUAUCCCUGCCUGUCACUUCAUGGAGGUAUUGAUCAGUAUGAUAGAGACAGCAUAAUCAAUGAUUUUAAGAGUGGAGUAUGCAAACUUCUUGUGGCCACAUCUGUAGCAGCGCGAGGCCUUGAUGUGAAACAUCUCAUGCUUGUAGUCAACUACAGUUGUCCCAAUCAUUAUGAGGAUUAUGUACACAGGGCAGGCAGAACCGGACGAGCAGGAAACAAAGGGUAUGCAUAUACUUUCAUUACUGAAGAUCAAGCACGGUAUGCAGGUGAUAUAAUUAAAGCUCUGGAGUUGUCAGGUACUCCAGUUCCUGCAGAAUUGGAAAAACUUUGGAAUGAUUUCAAAGAUCAACAGAAGGCUGAGGGAAAGACAAUUAAAAAGAGUAGUGGUUUCUCUGGCAAAGGGUUCAAAUUUGAUGAAACAGAGGAGGCUUUGGCUAAUGAACGAAAGAAACUUCAAAAAGCAGCACUUGGCUUGCAAGAUUCUGAUGAUGAGGAUGCAGCAGUUGACAUUGAUGAACAGAUUGAAAGCAUGUUCAAUUCAAAGAAAAGAGUGAAGGACAUGGCAGCACCAGGUGGAACAUCUCAUGUCCCUGCCCCAACUGCUGGAAAUGCAGAAAAAUUAGAAAUUGCUAAGAGGUUGGCAUUGAGAAUCAACGCACAGAAGAACCUUGGAGCCGAGUCACAAGUAUUGGUCUCUUUCCAAUUUAAGGAUGUGAUGCAGCAAGCGACAAAUGCUAUCCUGAGAGGUGGGACAAUUCAAGCUCCAACUGUGUCUGCAAAAACCAUCGCUGAGCAACUGGCUGAGAAGAUCAAUGCCAAGCUCAAUUAUGUACCAAUAGAGAAACAAGAGGAGGAAAAACAGGAGGGGGGACAAAAUGAGUCUUUUAAGAGAUAUGAAGAAGAAUUGGAGAUCAAUGACUUCCCACAGACUGCUCGGUGGAAGGUAACGUCAAAGGAAGCGCUGCACAGAAUAAGUGAAUAUUCUGAAGCUGCCAUCACUAUCAGAGGAACAUAUUUUCCUCCAGGCAAAGAGCCCAAGGAAGGAGAACGAAAAAUUUACUUGGCUAUAGAGAGUGCCAAUGAAUUAGCUGUGCAGAAAGCAAAGGCAGAAAUCACUAGACUCAUCAAAGAAGAGCUCAUCAGAUUGCAAAAUUCAUACCAACCAACUAACAAAGGAAGAUACAAAGUUUUAUAAAUGCUUGGAGUAAUCUGUCAGUUGCUGAUUCGUGAAUCUUUGUGGUUUCUCUUCCCUUUGCUAUUUUGGCUGCUUAUUGUAAAUUAAGGUUUUUUUAAUGCCAUGCUGUUUUUUUAAAGAUCAGAAUCACUUUGUCAAGGGAUCUUUGUUUUCUGUACAAAGGAUAACAAGUUUGGCAGAUCGUGAUUCAUUUAAAAUAUUGUAUGCUUUCCAUCCUACUUAUACUGAAUAAAACCUAUUGUAAUUUUCCUAGAAGACUGUGACAUAGCCUGAGUUUGGAAAAUCUUGACAUGGAGUUGGAAGUUUUUAAUAGUACUUUUUGAUUCUCAGCUUGGAGUAGUGAAACAAGUGCUUUAAAACUAAGGCUGAAUUUUCCUGACUUCAUUUUUCCUCCUCCUUUCCUCUUGGUGUAAAAAUACCCAGUAGGAUCACCAAGAAUGUCUGAUCCUCUAGAACAGUCCAAAUUUAUUCUCUGCAAAAUGAGAUAUUUGGGGUCAUGUUUGCUAAGGAUAUUCAUGAUAGAUGGCCAAUUUGGUUUUUUUUAAAUUAAAUAUGACUGGGAAUUGCUAGUUUGAUCAAACAAGCAAAAAGGCUUAGUAACUCAUCUGCCUGCCUCACCCAUACAUAGACUGGGGAGGGGGAGCGGCGGGGGAACAUAUAGGCAUGAUAAUCAGCAUCUGAUGCCCCCACCCCCAAAGGACAAUUAGGAACAUGGCUGUUUUAAUGGAGAAAAUUCAAUUGGGGCUGAGAAAAGCUUAAACACCACUUCCUUCAUCACAUUAGCACUGCUCCAUCCAGUUUUUCAGUGUGUUUUUUUUAAGUUGCAAGAUCAAUCUUUGGUCUCCAAGCCUAAUAUAUAGUUUAGCCUUCAGAGCUGCUUUCUGUAAAUGUCUAAUCUUAAGCUUUUAUCCAUAAAUUAUUUAAUAAGAGGAAAAAAUGCACUUCUAAAUAUGAGAAACUUUUUCAUAAGAGAAGUACAUAGUCAGGCUUAGAGUGUGUAUUUGUUUGUGUAUAAAUUCUUUUUGCCUUGUAGAAUUAAAGGGGGGGAAAUCUGUCAACCAUCUCGCGUGGCUGUCAUAGACUCUACUGGAAUAUAGUCAUCUAUUUUUUACACUCUGUCCUGGGGACACUUAUUGAAGAAUCAGUCUAAUUGAUUUCAGAUUGCAGCCUGCCUCUCCCUGGUUCACACCCUCUUGUCUGUUCCUUACAAAAACUCAAGAGGAAACAUUUCUACCCAGAUUGUUGUAAUAGUGGUUGGAUGCUAUUUGAUCAGUGAUAGUGUAUUUAAAUAGUGGCAGUUACUAUUGGAGUUGAAAGUUGUCCAUUGUUAAAAACCUCUUGUGGAGAGGUGUGUUUCUGUGGGACAAAAAAAAUAGUUUUAAAUGUAUAAACUAUGCUACCUGAACAAAUCAGGUUUUAGACUGAACUAAUUUAAAUGUCAAAAAACAAACAUGGCUGCUUUUUUGUAAAUUUAUAACAAUAUUUUCCUUUAAAUACCUUGGGACAUUACUUAUCAACUUCUUUACAUAUUCUGUUAAAAUUUUUCACUUCCAGCUAAUAUUAUCUUGCCAUGCAGUGGGACUAUAGCUUUUUAAAAUCUAAAGCACUUCCAAGGAUUCCUAAAAAAUUUAUUGUGGAAAAGGGGGAGAAGAGGCAAAAGUGUUUGAAAACUUUGGUUUGAAAUAUUCUGUCUGUUCUUGAGAAAGCCGUGAUGGAGCAAUUUCAAUGUAGACAAAAUUGAACUCCUACUUGUAAUUUUCAGUUUUAGAAUGGAUGCAAGAUCUUUGUAAAGAACAAUUUCACAAUAUAACUGUUUUCUAAAUUCCUCAUAAAAUAAAAAUUCACUGUGUA